AUGGAUCUCCGAUACCGUAUCGGAAAGAAGAUUGGUUCGGGAUCCUUCGGUGACAUCUACCUCGGCAUCAACAUCAUCUCAGGAGAGGAGGUGGCCAUCAAGCUCGAGUCCAUCAAGGCUAAGCACCCUCAACUCGAGUAUGAGGCAAAGGUCUACAAGACAUUGGCAGGAGGAGUAGGAGUGCCCUUUGUGCGAUGGUACGGACAGGAGUGCGAUUACAAUGCCAUGGUCAUCGACCUGCUGGGACCCUCCCUGGAGGACCUCUUCAACUUCUGCAACCGGAAGUUUUCCCUCAAGACGGUGCUGCUCUUGGCCGACCAGAUGAUUUCGCGAAUCGAGUACAUCCACUCGCGCAACUUCAUUCACCGAGACAUCAAGCCGGACAACUUCUUGAUGGGAAUCGGAAAGCGUGGUAACCAGGUCAAUGUCAUCGACUUUGGUCUGGCAAAGAAGUAUCGAGACCCCAAGACGCAUCUGCACAUUCCUUACAGGGAGAACAAGAACCUGACCGGUACUGCUCGUUACACUUCGAUCAACACUCAUUUGGGCGUUGAACAAUCGCGACGUGACGAUCUCGAGUCGCUGGGCUACGUCUUGAUGUACUUCCUGCGAGGCUCGCUGCCAUGGCAAGGUCUCAAGGCUGCCACCAAGAAGCAGAAGUACGACAGAAUCAUGGAGAAGAAGAUGACCACACCGACUGAGCUCCUCUGCCGCGGCUUCCCAUCCGAAAUGGCCAUCUACCUCAACUGCUGCCGUUCUCUGCGCUUCGACGACAAGCCCGACUACUCGUACCUGCGAAAGCUCUUCCGCGACCUCUUUGUUCGCGAGGGCUUCCAGUACGACUACGUCUUCGACUGGAGUGUCCAGCAGCGUGCGACUGAGGAGGCCAAGGCUGAGGCGGCAAAGCAGCAGGUGCCCCAGCAGCUACCUAGGCGAAAGAUCAGCGACAGUCGAAGUGCGUGGGACAUUGAUACUAACACAUCGUACCCCACCAUAAGCUCACGGAGGCCAACGCCUCGCCGAGCGCAUCACGUCUAG